UUCUGGUGUGGUCAUGCUCCAAGGCUGAGAGGCAGAGAGCUGUGCUGGCCAGCUGCUGCUGAAACAGCAGUGGAAGGGGCUUUGCACGGGGUGAUAGUUGUUCUCUUAUGGACCCGAAGCUUAAUGAUGUAUUUUGUGAUUUCAGCUAUGAAAGCUCAAAUCGAAAUAAUUCCGUGCAAGAUCUGUGGAGACAAAUCAUCAGGCAUCCAUUACGGCGUGAUAACAUGUGAAGGCUGUAAGGGCUUCUUCAGGAGGAGUCAGCAGAGCAAUGCGGCCUACUCCUGCCCCCGUCAGAAGAACUGCCUGAUCGACCGCACCAGCCGCAACCGCUGCCAGCACUGCCGGCUGCAGAAGUGCCUGGCGGUGGGCAUGUCACGAGAUGCGGUGAAGUUUGGCCGCAUGUCCAAGAAGCAGCGAGACAGCCUCUACGCUGAGGUCCAGAAGCAUCGGCUCCAGCAGCAGCAGCGCGACCACCAACAGCAGCCCGGGGAGGCGGAGCCUCUCACACCCAGCUACGGCCUCUCGGCCAACGGCCUCACGGAGCUCCACGACGACCUCAGCGGCUACAUGGACGGCCACACCCCCGACGGCACCAAACCGGACUCGGCCGUCAGCAGCUUCUACCUGGAUAUCCAGCCCUCCCCGGACCAGUCUGGCCUGGACAUCAACGGCAUCAAGCCCGAACCCAUCUGCGACUUUGCCCCCGGCUCUGGCUUCUUCCCUUAUUGCUCCUUCACCAACGGAGAAACCUCCCCUACCGUGUCCAUGGCAGAACUAGAGCACUUGGCCCAAAAUAUCUCCAAAUCACACAUGGAGACAUGUCAGUACCUGAGAGAAGAACUUCAGCAGAUGACCUGGCAAGCCUUCCUGCAGGAGGAGGUGGAGAGCUACCAGAGCAAGCCACGGGAAGUCAUGUGGCAGCUGUGUGCUAUCAAAAUAACAGAGGCCAUUCAGUAUGUGGUGGAGUUCGCCAAGCGCAUCGAUGGCUUCAUGGAGCUGUGUCAGAAUGAUCAGAUAGUGCUGCUCAAAGCAGGCUCUUUGGAAGUUGUGUUUGUCAGAAUGUGUCGUGCCUUUGACUCGCAAAACAACACGGUCUAUUUUGACGGAAAGUACGCCGGGCCAGAUGUGUUCAAGUCAUUAGGCUGUGACGACUUGAUCAGCUCCGUCUUCGAGUUUGGGAAAAACUUGUGUUCGAUGCACCUGUCUGAGGAUGAGAUCGCCCUGUUCUCUGCCUUUGUGUUGAUGUCUGCUGACCGAUCUUGGCUCCAGGAGAAGGUGAAAGUGGAGAAACUUCAGCAGAAGAUUCAGUUGGCUCUCCAGCACGUCCUGCAGAAGAACCACCGAGAGGACGGCAUUCUUACAAAGUUGAUAUGCAAAGUGUCGACACUGCGGGCGCUGUGCAGUAGGCAUACAGAAAAGCUUACGGCUUUCAAAGCAAUAUAUCCAGACAUUGUGCGUGCCCACUUCCCCCCCUUAUAUAAGGAGCUGUUCGGAUCAGACUUUGAGCAGUCCAUGCCCGUUGACGGGUAGCGUCCCUGCCAGGUGCCAGAGCGCCCACCGUAGGGGAAUGUGGAGGAGGAAUCUGAGACACUUUAUUUUGGUGCCCUGCACAAACCAGAGUGGACAAGAUGGCACGCUGCUCAACAUCUUCUUUUUCAUCGAAGCGUAGGGCUGAUGGAGUUGAUUCUCAAGGUUUACUUCAGUGGUUCUCUUUGGAAGACUUGGGGGAGCCAACACCCCGUCCAACACGAAGACAAACAAUUUCUGCCCAGUUGAACUUGACCAUCUUUUGCGCAUUUCUGUGACGAUGGAUGUCAAUCAUGUGUUCAUUCGGCAGGAUUUACUUUAACUAUGUUUUGAUGCAUCUGGCUUUAAAUUGUACAAAUCAUUGGAUUUGGUGUUCAAAUCUUUCAUUAGGCACCGAAAUAUUUUUUUUUUUUUUGAGAAAACUGCAAUAAUUGCCUCUUUUCAGAGCAGUUGCACACAUUCAAAUGUGAAAUGCGCACAUUUUGGUCACGUUCUGCUUUUUUCUUUUCUUUCUCGUAUUCUGUCGAAAUCUUCUGGACACGUUGCUUGGGGCGCAAACUCACAGCAACUUGGAGGGAGGCUCUGUCGGCAUGGUGAUGCAAUCGGCACCUCUCUAUGGACAAUCGUUUGAAGAGUUAAAAAACAAACAAACAAAAAAAGAAACUUAGAAUUCUGGUAAUUCUACUGAAAUGAUUUUAGCUGUCAAAAACCUCCAUCCACCAUUGUUGCAUAGUGAAAUCAUGUAAGGCCAUCUGCUAUUAAUCCUUCUCUGGACGGGUGCCCCAGAGAAGCACGGGGCACCAACACAAUGAAAAGGGUCCAUUCCACCUGUUUUAUAAUGUACUACAGGGUAUAUGGUCAUAAGUACUUACUAUACAGAAAAAAAGUAAUGUUUAUAGAAUCUAUUUUAAAUAACAUGUAUGAUAUUCGUAGUUAGACGAUUCUUAAUUGUGCAAUUGAUAAGGCACUUUUCUUUACACCUUUGUUUAAUUUAAGACUUGUAUAUUUACCUAGUGAUGUGUUGCAUGUGCACAAGAAGAAAUACAAGUUGAACCACGGCCACAGAGGCUAGUCCUGGGAGCUGGAGAUGGUCAUGUCUGGAGGGCGGGUCGGCGUUGCUGCUUUGCUGGCGAUGAGAAGGCAGAUGAGAGACAUUCCAGCCUGUCACUUGAAAAACGACCUUUUCAGAUCAUUUACAGUAUCUGUAAGAUACAUACGGCCAUACUAAAUGAUGAGCACAAAGAAAAACUGUCAUGAGCACGCUGCACAAUGAGAUGAUACUAAUGCUCAGUUUUGAUUAAUACUGUCAUGACAAGGUUUAUUAUUCUAGUUGCAGUUUUGUGGAGAAAUCAUACUGUGAGCUGUUUCUAAUAUUUUGCCUGUCACAUGUUUCAGUAAGGUCACCAAAAUAUUAGAAACACCUGUUAUUGCAAUUGUGGGAUUUCCCUCCAUAUUAAUAAAGUAUCAGUCUAUCAUUCUACACCACUGCAAAUUAGAAUCACAAUUAUUAGCACAUUUUAAAAUUGAUUACACUGUGCCAGGGUCUAUCAAAACUGAGCAUUUGUAUAAAUUUUAUUUUGGCUCACUUUCAACGUCAUUUAAACAUCACCUUUUAUAGAAUAUACAGAAUACGAUCAUACCCACAGUUAUUCAUAGUCUGGCCAAGUUAGUGAGUUAAAGUGAUUUUUUUUUUAUCUGAUGAGUUAUAGUUGAUGAAUAACACUCUCACAAGUCACCUUUGACAAAAUGUUCCAUGCCCUUAAUCAGGAGUCCCUCACCUUUUUGAAACUGAGAGCUCCAUUUUGCGCACUGAUGAAUAUGAAGUUUCUACCAGUUUCCUGCACAGCUCUGAAUUAACACUUUUGCUUAAAUUACCUAUAAUUGUGUUAUCAAUAUUAAAUAAUAAUCGUAUAUGUUAAGAUAGUUUUCUCCGGGCACUCCGGUUUCCUCCCACAUCCCAAAAACAUGCAUUAAUUGACGACUCUAAAUUGCCCGUAGGUGUGAAUGUGAGUGCGAAUGGUUGUUUGUUUGUAUGUGCCCUGCGAUUGGCUGGCAACCAGUUCAGGGUGCCCGUUGAUAGCUGGGAUAGGCUCCAGCACGUCCGCAACCCUAGUGAGGAGAAGCGGCUCAAAAAAUGGAUGGAUGGAUGGAUGUUAAGAUACCGAUCAUGUUAUUGAUUUCUCACAAGAAUUAUUUGACAAGGUACAUAAAUAUAAAUAUCAACAGGCAACACUUAAUAUCCAUAAGUCUCUGUUUUUACAUUUUGCAAUGAUCAUUUAUGCAACAAUACUUCAAGGCAAUCAGUUUCCCAUCACUGGUUAGCUGUUUUUUUCUUUUUAGAACAAGCCUCAUGUGGUCCCUGGGGGCUACCUGGUCUCCGAGGGAACCAUGUUGGUGACCUCUGUCCUAAAUAUUCACACCCUUUCCCAAUAUAGGCAUAUCAAUUGUUCUAAAUGUACAUAUCGUAAUUUCUGUGUAAUAUGCUUUUGAGUAUAACGUGCACCCCCAAAAUUGUACCCCAAUAUCAGGAAAACCCUUCUACCAAUGUAUAAUGCGCAACGUCGAUUUGCUGCUAUCCAUAUGUUCAAAACAUGAAGUAUUAUCCUUAUUAGGUUUUUCAAAGACAUUUUCUACAUUGUGUGCAUGCGCUGAAGUAAUUCUGUUGUUGUUGUUUUUAUCCUAUGUCAUUACAGGCUACGCAAAAGCUUAACGUUAAUUAAUAUUACAGAACUGCAACCAAAAUUUAUUUGGACAGCUCUAAUUAUGCCCCCUUCCCCAUCUGAAAAUAUCCCUCAUUGUUUUAGUUUUUUAUUAUAUGGACGUUAAAAGAUUUCCUCUUCAUAUGCGCUCACUACAGAAACAGAUGAGCGUAGCUUAAUGUCACAAAACUGCACCCAUUUGUCACUAAAAUGCAUGACAUCUCUACUUAUGUUCUGAAAAUAUCAGAAUGAAAUCCCAAAUAUGUUGAAUGUUAUGGAUUUUUUACAUCAAUAACAGGUCUGGGAAGAGGACUAAUAUAUAUAUAUAUAUAUAUAUAUAUAUAUAUAUAUAUAUAUAUAUAUAUUGGGGGGGGGUGAGCAUUAUACACGGGAAAUAAGGGGUAAUUAGAACGUUAUAGCGAUUAUCCUUUUCAACCCUGCAAAUUAUUGCUUUUCCUCAAAAUUGCCCAAUAUAUAAUAUUGCAAUUUUUUAUCAUCUUUUGCAACUUUGCGUCAUAUCAAGUCAAAGGAUAACCUUUUCAACAAAUACAUUUCACAUUAACUCCUAAUUUGGCCAUCAUUUAGGACUUUCCCAUGGCAUACAUUAUAGUCUUCUGGGAUUUUACAUUUCUAGUUUCUAGCUUUUGGCAACUUAUCCUUUAGCAGGUGCACCUAAUGUUGUGUCCAGUGGGUAUUUAUUUGCAAACCAAGCCAAGUGAUCCCUGACUAGAAUCCAAUUGUUCCAUCCAGUGGAAGGUAGAGAUACAGGAACCAACAUAACUGCCAAGUGACAUAAAAAGAAACAUUGUGUAAAUGUUUGUAUUGCCAUUUCUGAAGUGGCUUUAUCUGCUUUCUCAAGCCAGCAACACAGACAAAACAGUGAAGGGAAAGUGAAUAUUCAAAGCCUUGUCUGGUCCUAAAGCUUCUAUUUUUGUAACACAUUUUUUUGGUUAAUGAACUCAAAAGAGGAAAGGAGGGAGAGGGGAAACGAUGUCAGAUAGCACUUAACUAUAUUCCUGCAAUAAUUAGACUAGCAGUUGUUUGUACAAUUAGGGAAGAGAAGCAUAAAACGGUAGGACAAGUGCUAUUUUCAGAAUGCUUUGUUGUUGUGCUUCUGUUUUUGUCGAGUGUGUCUUUCUUGUUGGUGUGGUCGUAAAGUGAUAGAACAAACAGAAGGAAAAAAAACCUGAAUGUGCCAAACAGUAGUCUGCUUUCUGGUCUAAUAUGCAGAAUGGACUCCUAAGACAUUCCAGCAAAUUCAGUAGCGACUUCUCGGAAGAACUUUAUUUUUAAAGGCAACAUGGAAGAAAAAAAACUGAAAAAGUAAAUGAAAAAGUCUAAAAAGAUAUCCCUUUAGAAGCAUGCCAACACUGUCACCAACCAUGACAUUGAAUCCAGUUUUUAUUUGCUGCUUACACACCAUCAUUCCUCUGCCGUGCAAUGUGUGCAAGGUGUUGUUAUGCCUUGUACUGUGUCACCCCUCAGGGAAGAGUUAUUUUUUUUGCUCUUUUUUUUUUUUUUUUUUCCUCCGGUUUGAUUAUUGCAUUAUUUUUUGUGUUCAGGGAUGCUCCACCGCGAAUGGUUGAAAUUAACAUAUGAAUAUACAUCACUUGAGUUCUCGCAGGGGGUCACACAUAGACCACUGCACCCCUGAGGUUAAGCUAAUACAACACACAAAAAAGUAAAUAUCACUGUUACAAAGCCAUCUCCCCCCCCCCCCCCAAAAAGAAGAAAAAUCACAGUUUUAUCUGCACUCAGAAAAAAAAAAAAAAAAAAAAACAAUCUGUUUUGGAUGAAGGUGUCAUCAGGGUCCCUCUUUGUUAGCAAAACCAAAUAUUCUUAUGCAAUACUAAAUCUGUUUGGGUUGUAGUAUUUAUGCUGUACCUAAGUAAUAAUAUCUGCUCUGAUGCACAAGCCCUGUACCACGAGUAAAACCUCAGUCUCCCAGCAGAACAAACUUUCCAGUCUGGAAAAGUUUUAGACAAUCCAGGAAGGAGAGGCCCGGCCGAGAGGAUGAGGUGUGUACGCUCAGGGAGGAGACAGCUAUAGACGCUCACACACACACACACACACACACGAGUGAAAAGGUGGAAUUUUCCUGAUAUUAUUUAUUCUAUUUCCUUAAACUGCAGGAAUCUUGCUUGACGUUACGUUAAAAAAAAAAAAUAGAAAAAAAAAAAUACCCCCUAAAAGGAGAGUGUGUUUGAGUGUUUUGUAAUAUGUCCUACAGUAUAAAACAAGCAAUAUGGCCUUGUGGUGUAAUUACGGGUUUGACUGAAUUGACACAAAAAUGUUUCAAAGUAAUAGAUCCGCCAUCGCUGUGUGGUUGUGGCGUCUGCAGGAAGGGUUUGCCAGACGCAUGAGCUUUUCAACCUGUACAGUGACGUUCUUUCUGUACAUUCACACUUAAUUAAGCGAGGGAUUGAUGUGUGCUAAGUGUGCUAUUCAAUCAGUGUAUAGUAAAACGGUCCUCAUGUCUCUGCUCUGUUGUCUCUCUGUAAAAAGCAAUAGUGUGUGUUUAUGUGUGUGUUUGUUGUCAGUGUGAUUCAAUAAAUGGGGGGAGGGGGGAAGGGGAAACCCAGACAAGGCUUUAAUAAUUACAAAGGAACAGGGUUAUGUGGACGAGAAGGUCUUGAUAUAUAUAUAUAUUUUUUCUUUUUGGGAAAUACUGAGCUCAAUCCAUCCUCAGUAGGUAGCAGUUAAAGUGUGACAUAAUGUCUUCAACAAUGCAACUGGAUUAUGGAUUUAAAACAAUAAAGGUUUAUUGUCAUUAAGCCUUUAGUAAGACACUCCUUGAAAUGUUAAUUAUUGUAGUGCUCUACAAGACUUACUUGCUUAAUAUUUUACAAAAAAAAAAAAAGAACUAUAAUGAUUCUUUUAUUGUAUUUGAUUCCAACGUUUAUAUUUUUAUCAAAUGGCUGGAAGAAAUCACGUGGUUUUAUUUCCCUAUAAUGAGUAUAAAUUACCAAAUGUGGUUCCUUGUCUUAUAAACUGACUGACAAAGUGAGUGUUCCUGCCACUAAAUUGUGAAAAUGUUAUGUCACGCUUAAAGUUUGGCCGUCACAUUUGAACAAAAAAGUGUAAUUUUCCAAAGCACAGCUGAUAAGGAUUCAAAGUAGGAAUAUAGUUUUGAAGAAAAAAAUGCAAAGCAAUUUUUAGCCAUAUUGAAUGUCAAGCAAUAAUAUAUGUCUUUGUGUAUAAUUUUGGAUUUUACUUUAGUUUCUGUGCAUAUUGGUCUUUGAGCAUCUGCAUGUAAAUACACCUGUUAUUUAUCAUGUUUGGGUUGUAAUUUUUUUUUUUUUUUUUCUUUUUUUUUCUUUUCUCUCAAGUUGCAUCUGGAUAUUUGACCAGGUGGAGAACCACGAACUUGACAUGGCCUGAAAGUUGAUUAUCUUACUCGAUUGCUCGCUCUCAGCCUCUGCUGUUCACUCACUAUUUUUAAUAUUAUUGAUCACGUGUAUAAAGGUAGCUUCUGUCUGUAUAGGUAAGAGGAAAAAAAAUGCUACUAAGGCCUACCCGAUGAGAAUAUUUAUGUGUUAAUCAGCUACACCCUAUUGUAUUGAUAACUCUAGUUUGCUUCCCUCAUUUAGGAUUAGUUAGUAUUAGGGUGUGCUGAUUUAUUUUGUGUGGUGCUAGGUACGUUUGUGAACAAAUAAUUGAUUACUAAGCCUGGCCACCCUAUUAGUUUAUUCAUUUCACUGCAUACAGUAUUAAUCUUGAUAUUAGGACUCGAUAAAUACUAAUGAUAAUGGAAGCGAUAGUAAUUAAAGUUACCCAGCCAGUACCUGUAUCAGUGUGCUCGUCUUGGGAUAAUAAGGCACUUAUUUCCUCCUGACUUAGAGCAAAAGCUAGUAUCUGCUAAGUAACAAGCUAUUUAAGGAUGCUUUAUGGAAAAAAAUAAUAAUGCUAACUGAUGCAGCUGUGUUUUAUUUCUAUUUGUCUGAUUGUAAGUUUUAAAUUUAGCAGCAAGGACACUGAGGCUGUAGUUUGUCAAGUAUUUACCUCUCUUGUGUCUGCAUCGAUCCUCACAUAAUGCAAGGAAGUGGUGCUCGGAUCAGGCAGUUUGCUUUUGUUUUGUUGCCCAUUUGGAAGGAGAACGUGGACACGGAAGGCCAUUCGAGGACAAUGUUUCCUCUCCACUGUAGCAAAUGCGAAUAUGCUGGCAAUAACACACAGUGUGUCACACUGAGUGCCUCUCGGUGUAGCAAAAGCGCAUACAUGGUUUAGAUUGUCCUUUUUUUGUGGGGGGGCGGUUACAAACUCUGUAUACUGAAGUGACCAUGUGUUUUGUUCAAAUCUCACGUUCACAAACUUAGUUGCUCUUUUUUUUUUAUGUGUUAAACAUUGUCAUGCAGUGUUAAAUGAUUUCAGUGUACGGACUCAUCCCUCUCACCUUGUUUGAGUGACAAAUAAAUGCUCACACACAAGUUAUAGCUUAAAAAAGAAAAAGUAAGUCCGUCCACUUCUUUUGUUUUCUGGGAUUUUUGAAAAUUAAUGCAUUGUGCGUUAAGUAUUUGGAUAGCUGUACAUCUGGGUUCCUUUCAUGUUCUGUGUUCCGUGUCGGUCGUCUAAUGAGAAGGAUGGUUGAAGCAGAGGGGGAGUCUUUCUUUUUCCAAGCAGGAGCAGUGCAAAUUGAGGGGAAGCUAAAAUCAACGUGUGGUUGUCACCAAUUUUUAAGUCACAUGUUUGCUACUGAUGUUGAAUUCGGGGCCAGAACUCUCUUUAGCAGGUAGUCAAUUCACAAACGUAGUUUUGCUCCUUCUUGUCUGAUGAUUCUUAAAUAUGAAAAUGAGUAUUUUGAUUCAUUUUGUAAAUACGGCUGUAAAGAAAAAUAAGAAAUUUAAUGUUGUCUUUUAAAUACUUUUCAUUCUAAUAUGAAUGUUGUUAUAUUGUACUUAGAAACUGUACCUUUAAUAUUACCUUUAUUAAAAGUGCAUUGGACACAUCGGUUUUAGAUGUGCUUUAUGUGCUGUUAUCCCAUAAUAAAAUUUACCGCUUGUAAUGGG